CAACUUCAACUUGGAAAGAAACCUCUUGAAAAAUAAUAUUACCAAGUUCAAUCAGCCAAAAAGACAGAAAAAUGGGUGCAUUGACAAAGCUAGUUGAUGCAAUCUUGUUUGUUUUCUUCUUAGUAAUUGCCAUUGGAGCUCCACUUCUUGAUUCUCAAACAUGUCUUCCUUCACAUAUCUUUCCUGGCUUCCUCAAAAACCUCAAGUCAUGGUACACCCAUGAACAUGGUGAUUACUUGUUCACUGAGAAACCGCAUUUCUUCGUUGGCCUUGUUUGGGUCGAGCUUCUCUUCGGCUGGCCCCUUUCCAUUGCUUCAUUGUAUGGUAUUGUUGCUGGGAAAUCGUGGUUUCGCACUGCUUGUUUGAUGCAUGGUGUCAAUACUUUAACUGCUACGGCUGCAAUUGUAUCAGAGCUUCUGGGCUCAGGAAAGGCAUCAGAAAAGCUGUUAAAGUUAUAUGUCCCCUUCUUGGGUUUUGGCGUUUUAGCUAUUGUGCGAGGUUUGUUACCACAUUCUCAAAAAUCAACCGCAAAUGGUACACAACCAAUUAAGUCCAGGAAAAAGAGAGCAUGAUGGGUAAAGCCAACACCGUUCGUUGCAAUAUUUGCGUGGGUUAAUAGACCACUACUGCUCACUGAAACUUAGUUUGCAUUGAUAAUUGGAGACAUACACAAGGCUUAUGAUAUUGUUGUAAGACGGAUUAAGAUUAUUAUAUCCACAUCAUUAAUGAAAAGAAAAAAGUUUCGUUUUCA